AUGCCGUUUUCCCCGCAACAUGAUAUUCCAAACCUGGACGGCAAGGUCAUCAUCGUGACAGGCGGCAGCAGCGGCCUCGGAAAAGAGAGCGUCACCCAGCUCGCCAAGCACAACCCCGCGAGAAUCUACCUCACAGCCAGGACAGAAGCCCGCGGCAAUGCCGCCAUCAAGGAGAUUGAGCAAGCUGUACCGGCAGCCAAGGAUAGGAUCAAGUAUCUCGAGCUGGACCUGGGUUCCUUUGCGGCGAUCAAGAAAUCCGCCGAGGCUUUUCUCGAUUCAUCCGAUCGUCUCGAUAUUUUGAUAAACAACGCAGGCCUGAUGGCUACCCCUCCAGGCCUCACCAAGGAUGGGUACGAGGUCCAGUUUGGUUCAAAUUACAUGGGCCCCGCCCUCUUCACCAAGCUGUUGCUUCCGAUCCUGACUAAAACGGCCGAGCAGUCCGGGACAGACGUUCGCGUCGUCAACCUGAGCUCCGAGCUCUUCAAGCAAGCACCGACAGAGGGCAUCCUCCUUUCAAAGUGCAAAACGCCCCUCAACGACAUCUCCAGCUUGGCCCGCUACGGCCAGUCCAAGCUCGCAGACUACUACCACACCCGCACGCUGAGCCAGCUCUACCCUUCCAUCAAGUUCGUCGCAGUCCAUCCCGGGGUGGUGAACACUGGCCUCUUUGACGACUUUAAGAAAAGAAGGCCCUGGGUUGGUGGAAUGAUUAGUGUGCUUGGGUCCAUUUUCCUGACGGACGUCCACGCGGGUGCGCGAGCUCAGCUUUGGGCCAGCACCGCGCCUACUGCAAGUGUGAAGAGUGGAGGCUUUUAUAAUCCCAAGUUCAAGGAGUAUAAGGAGGCGAACUUGUACGACGAUGGUGCCGCCCAGGCGUUGUGGGAUUGGACUGAGAAGGAGCUUGAGGGUCAGUAA